UUUUUUUUUUUAGGAAACUCCGAACUAGGUUAUUAUAUAUCCAGCAGCAUUGUGUCUAUGGUGUUAAACACACUUCUAUCUUGUUGAGGGUUAGUGCAACACUGAGAAUUAAAUACCCACCUCCAUCAUUUGGAAUUUCUUUGAGCUGUUUGGCGGAAACGAGGCCAUACAUACUUCCGUCAUGCAAGACAUCAUGCACAAAAUACUUCACUAUACCAUGCAAAGGCCCAAUUCAUCAUCAAAUGAACCAACCUUGUAAAUUUGUGUGGAAUCAAAUGCUAUUGUCAUGCAUGAGUCAGAAAUGGCAUUUAUUUUUAUGGCAUCUGUUUUCAUUAAUGUAAGUUAUGCACUUUCAGUGACCAAAGAAGCUAUUACAGUCAGGGUUUUUGAAACUGUUAUCAGUGUGAGAUAAUACUGCAUUCCAAGUAAGUUGUUGCUAGACUAAUGGUUUGUGUUAGAAAAUGGGACAUUUCCAGGAAGUGUUUUAGUUUUCAUUCUCUGUCAGGGGGGAGGAUGGGCGUGGGAUCGGAUUCGUCUUCCUGCCUUUUGCUCUUUCGCUUUACCUUACCAUUUGAUUCAAUACUUACCGUGUAGCAUUAGCCAUAUAGUUGAAAAUAAUAUAAUUAGCUUGGCAGAUUGACAUGAGUGGCUAUAGUUUUAUUAGUGAGAGGAAAUGCUCAGAGGGGUCCUUAAAGGUUCAGAUCGAAACAUUUAAGCUUAUUUUUCAUUCAGUACAUCCUCUAAGAGGAGGAAGUGACCUCGUCUGACACUUUAGAGUACAUUUGGGCAAAAAGAAAAAACACUUUCAUUUUCAGAAUGAAAGUUUCAUUGUACUCCAUGUAACUAAAAAAAUUAUAUAAAUAAAUUGUGCACAUGGCUUUUAACGCCCCAGUGCACCUCCACUGUCUACGAACAUAGAAUCCCCCAAAUUAGAAAAUUCCAAAAUAACAAUAUUAAUUAAUGUUACUACUACUUUGGAGUUGAUCCCCUAAAAAUGCGACCAUAGUUAUAGCACCAUUAUGCUUUAGUUUCCUUUGCUGCCUGUGUGUUGGAUUUGCUCCACACGGGGGGAUGGUACAGGAAAUCCACCCUUCCCAUUUGAUAAACAGAAGGAGAACCCAAACCUCUGCCACACCGAGAUGAUGAUAGUGGCGGUGUUCGCGCCUGAGAACAAACCACACACAUCUUCUGCGUGUCUUCUUAGAUACGCGCCACCCUGAUGAUUGACUGGCGUCUCAUCUUUUAGCUGUGUUCCGGUUCAGUCUCUAUUGGGCUGCCAUGCCUUUCAUUCCUGACGGUUGACUCCUUUUGGCCGCAGAGUUGUCAGCAUUUCAAAUUACAAGAUGACUCAUACUCUAACUAUGUGCAUUUUAAAUGGGACUUCAAGCUUUGAAUUCAGAAUAGUUUAGUCAUGCUCAAUGGAUUUAUUUCUGUAAACACACAGCCAUCAAGUGGGAUUAUAAACACUCUGCUUUGUGAUGCUGGUGGGUAAUGGUUUCCAGGCAAACAUUCAAAUGAGUUAAACAUAUAAUAAAAAGAUAUGAUCCCCUUUAAGUAUUUUUUAUGAUUUUACAACGUUAGUAUGAAUUCUGGAAUUACACUUACCUGGCACCUGUUGGACAAAAAAAAAUAUUACAGUCCUACAUCACACUUUGUCCUACUUGCCAUCAAUGGUGUCCUUCUACUGUGGUAUUACAAAAUAAAUUUUAAUUCUUCUGAUUUGGUCAGAUGAUUUGAACUUUUACUCUUAUUGUCUUGCAAGGCUCUCAUGUUUUUCCGAUGAUGCCAUUAAAUGUGCAAAGGCUCACUUGGAGUUGUAUUAUUUUAACUAUUGUAACUUAGAUAGUUUAUUAGAUACUUAGAAAACAUAAGACUUGACUGUGUAAAGACUGAUGCUCCAUUCGGUACAUCCUCAGCAAAAUCCUGAAUUGACUCCACAAGGAAAAAAAAGAUGCAGACUUUUGAUUGACAACGUCAGGAAUAAAAAAAAAUUGUCAUACUAUUAGUACCAAAAUUCCACUGCUUUGAUGUAAUCCAAAAACUCACAUCAUACACGUUAAUGUUUAAGAAUGUAGUUGGACUGCAGUACAUCAAGUCAGAUGUUUAUACAGUUGUGUACUGUGACAGCGAAAGGGAGCAGAUGCCUUCACUCUUUAUAGGCUACACACACACACACACAAACACACACACACACAUCAUCAUCUAACCCUACACUCUGAGGUCUGCUGAUAAACUGGAAGUUACUCGUAAACUCAUUUGAGGAUGAAGGGCUUGACUUGGGAUGUUUAUUUUGAAACAAACACACACAUACACACGCACACAUUACAUAAAACCUCAACUGAAAUGAUUCUUGGCACUAAUAUUUCCUGUUUGGACUCAGAGUGUUUGUUUGCUGAAGUCAGGGUACUAUCUCAGCUUAGGUGUGUGAGGGAGGUCAUGUAUGGAACAGGUUUUCCAGUAAGAGACAACCAUGAAGAGGCAAAAGAUAGACCUCAUCUGGAUCCAUUAAAAGGUCCAGCCAUAGAGCUUCUGCCGUAUACGGUGGCCGUCUCCAUUGUCAAUCUGCUAAGAGACAGCCAUGCAAUGUUGAGCAUUAAAAUAAAACGUGACAGGAGGUAGGCAGCAUGUAGAACAGGUCACGUCUUCUCAGUGCUGCAAAGGAAUGUGUGAGAUCAUUUCUUCUGGCAUUCAUCCAGCGAAAACAAGGAUGUGCCAACCGUACUGCAGCUAACAUUUCAUGUUCGGUUACAAGUCAUCACAUUUAGAAAAGUGAGUCAAUGGAUAUCGUCCGUCAGGGGAAUGCUGUUAAGGCUUUUUGUAUGUGUGUUUAUUUGCUUUUAGAUGUCGUAGUCUCUUGUUUUGUAAUGUCUUUAAAUUGUGUAUUUUUAAUUAUGUGAGGCACAGUAAAUUGUGUAUUUUUUAAUUAUGUGCGGCACAGUCUCAUCAAAACAGAACCAUGUCAGCUCAGGAGGUGUGUUGGCCUGUGCCAAUGCGAGCCAUCGGAGCCCAGAACCUCCUCACUAUGCCUGGUGGAGUUUCUAUAGCAGGAUACCUCCACAAGAAGGGAGCCAAUCAGUUUGCUAGUCUCAUGAGAUGGCCAUUGAGGUACAUCAUCGUCCACAAGGGCUGUGUGUACUACUUUAAAAGUAGUACGUCUCCUGCACCACACGGAGCGUUCUCUCUAAACGGUUACAAUAGAGUGAUGAGAGCAGCAGAGGAAACGACAUCUAACAAUGUUUUUCCGUUUAAGAUGAUCCACAUCAGUAAAAAACACAGGACGUGGUUUUUCUCUGCAGCUAGUGAAGAUGAGAGGAGGACAUGGAUGCGAUCCUUACGACAUGAAAUUGACCAUUAUAAUGACAGGAAAGAGUCCCAGAUUCCAAGUGACUCGGAUUCAGAUGCAGACAGUUUCUACGGGACCAUUGAAAGGCCUUUGGAUAUUAAACACCCAAUCAAUAAUGCAGACACUGAUUAUGGUGAGGAUGAUGAUGAUGAAGAUGAGCAAGACUAUCUGAAGCCAGACAGUGACUGUGUUCCAACAAGUACAAGUCGACCCACUGGCCCUCCACCUUCUUACCCGCCUCCUCCUGUUCCAAUGGUACCUCCGCGACCUUUUGGAUCUUGUUUACAAACCCUUAAAGGGCCACCACCUCCAAUCCCAUCACACAACCGAGUCAAAACCAGUGCAAACAUUAGAAAAAACCCGCCCUCGAUUUCUCCUCCCAUCCUGAAGGACACAAACAAAGGUCCGCCUCCCGCUCCACCCUUCGCCGCCCAGAUGCACAAUCACGCCUCUUCUAUCCCCCCACCCCUUCCUCCACCCAAUUCACAGCGGCCUCUUAAAAACAGGAUGCAGUCUGUGGUUGGACCAGGGACUGACAGAAAACACCAGAAGCCUUCAUCCUCGGUUUCACUCCAAUCCCCCACCACCAUUCCCAUCUGUGAUCAGCUAGAAAGCAGGAUGACUGUCAGUGAUGGAGAUAACUGCCCUCGUGAUACCGGAAAAAAACAGUCCGCUAUCAAAAACCCCCGCAGCAAGCCAAGCCAAGCACUGACCAAAGCAGCAAAUUUUGAAGAGCCAAUGCCAAAACCUCGAACGGCAUUUCCCUCGGUGCCGACACCUUUCUGCUACCCACCAUUUCCCUGUCACGCAUCUCGAGCUAUUCUUCUUCAAAGUGAACUGCACAAGUGUACAAAUGCACCAAAAGCUCCAACAGUCAAGCCUCCACUGCCUUUAACCAAGCCCAGACAAACAGGCACACCUCUCCAAAGAGCAUCCCCAGAAGGUCAAAGUUUCCGUUCAUCAAGAGAUAAGGACACUGAGAUGCCCAAGAAGGAACAAGAUUUGACUGAGAGCACUGAAGGAGAUGUUUCCGAUGAGGAUUAUGAUGACAUGCAUCUGCCGCAAUCCGUUUUCAUUGACUCGACGGAUACCAACUUUGUAGAGAAAUUAUUUAAAGAGAGCUCUGUCUUUCCGCAAGAUGGACUUUAUGCCAUUAGAAAAUCUGGAACCAAAACCUCCAAGGUGCUGGUGGUAUGGGAUGUCAGCAUAGGCAAAGCCAGAAAUUACCGGUUGUUUGAAGAGGGUGACCUGGUGUUUCUGGACUGUGAUGUGACCUUCCCGACUCUUUCAGCUCUGAUCGAACACUACUACAGCCAUCCUCUUCCUCAGCAGGGCUCGCUAUGCCUGCAGAAACCUUAUUCAGAAUAAGCACCACGUUAAUCAAGAGCAAGAACUCGCAAUGUUAAAAUGCUGACUACCAUGGAGACAGACUUGCUUUAAAUUCAAUCAGAGCUAAAUAUGUCAUUGUGUGAAUACUUGUUGAAUUGUGGAAAAUCUUGGCUCAAAUAGCACUUUAAAAUGUGAUAUUGUAGGUAUUGUUAUAACUGACAAAUUGUCUCUUGUUGCUAUACAAAUAUUCUGUGGCCUCUCGAGGAGAAAAAACAAAACAAGAUGAAAAUGUGUCAUCACACAAAGGCAAGUCAAUCUCAAAGAAUUUCAAUCAUAUAUAUAGCAGGCAAAUGUAAAAUUAGGUCUUGUGUUUUCAAAUACAAUAUUUGACUGAACCUUCCUCUUGAGAAAUAAGAUUUCUCAGCCAAUACCAGAGAGAGCUGCCUAUGAGUGUUUUUGCAGCAUUUUCUUUUACAUUUAAGAACAGUCAAACCUCGACAUACAAAUUUUAUUCGUUCCGGGACCUACUUCAUAUGUUCAAUAGUCAUAUGUUGCACCAAAUAUUGCCAUAAUAAUACAUUGUAAUUUGUUUAAUUCAUUCCAAAACCAAAAAAACAACAAUAACUCCUUAACAAAAUCUGCAGAUACUUACACAUAGCAAUAAAACAAAUGCAUUAUAUCAGAGAGAUGUAUGUAAAAAGAAUCAAAUUACAAAGAAAUAAUCAAUGAAAAGUUUUUUUUUUUAUUGAUAUGGCAAAAUUUACAGUGCAGAAUUGUGUUGUUUGUUAAAGUGUAACAUAACAGUAUCUGGAUUCAUCAUUCUCAUGCAGGUAACAGACAAGAAGUUUCCAGUUAUGAUUGACCAUGAUCAAAACAACAAUAGAACUCAGAUUGUUGUGGUACAUGAAUCAUGAUUACCAAACAAUCUCUCUGUAUUCUAAUGCAAAGUUGUAGAAGUGCUAACAAUGCACUGGGAUGGAUGGAUGAUCCCAGAUGUUUGCAGUGACAUCAAGUGUCGCUGUCUGUGGUGCUGAAGUCUUUAAAAAGAAAAAUAGGAUGAGCGCUAUAUGUUUAUAGCACCGGUCUAAUUGUUAAUGUCAUUUUUCAGACAAAAUAGGUCAUGUUUACUUUGAAAGGUUUCUCCCGUUUUCAGAUCCUAUAGGAGCUUCAUGACACAAUAAGCCCAUUGCAAGGUGCAGAACUCUAGGGCGGAACAAGCUUCAGGGGGUAUCUGCAGCCAUCAGCCAUCACUAAAAAACUGAUAGUCUGUAAAAUUUGGCAACCAGCAACACAAUGGAACAGCAAAAAGGCCCCGUUAUCAAAACGGUGAAGAAUAGUAUCAGAUCGGGAAGGAACGAAAGCCGGGCUUGAUUCUAAUAGAUAGUCUCUUCAAAAAUUAGACAACAAAAUUAAGACUGUCAGUAAGGAAUAAACUGAAUAUAUAACUGAAUCCUGAACUGAACUUGAAAUUAAAUAUUAAUUACUUUACUUCA